AUGUAUAACCCUUUCAUUCUCGCCGCUCUUGCGGCUCUCACAUCUGCGCUUCCCUCGCCGCAGUUGAUUGAUCUGGUUGCCAUCGAAGAAUAUCCUGACGCAGUCCGCGUGACCGCGCCCAUCGAUAUUGUCAAAGACGUUGUUGCAUCGCUCCCUGCAGCGCCCAUAAGGCCACUCACCAGCAUCAUCUCGUCUUCAAAGCGGGACUUGACGGUGGAGAAGCGAGAUGGCGAUUGUUCACCCUACCCUACAGGGUCCGGGCCUGUACCCUCCCCAGAUACCGUGGACGCGUUCGAAUCAUUCCCAACGUUUGCAGCAAUGGCAACCGCUGCACCAACCACCGACGGUUACGAGGUUGUUUUCAUCAACUCGAACGCCUCCUUGACUGCUUCAGAUUACAUGGGACUCUACACCCUUACCAGCUACGACACCCUCGGAUGCGCUUCGCAAUGCGACCAAGCAUCUGGCUGCCAAGCAUUCAACAUGUACAUCGAACGAGACCCGAGCUUGAACGCUAGCGCCGACAAUUGCCCAAAUCCACCGAGCACGACUAACUACAAAUGCACGCUCUGGGGCGCGCCUGUAUCGGUAGAGGAAGCAACGAACUUUGGACAGUAUCAGGAUUCGUUCCAAGUCGUCAUCGCUGGCUCUAACGCCUACAACAAAGACGCCCCUCCCCCAGCUUGCGACGGCUACAAUGGCCCCACUGAAUUAGGCGGUGCAAUCAACGCCCCACCCUCAUCCGGUAGCUAUAUGGGGUACCAGUAUUUCCCCUUCAGCCAGAGCCAAGGCUAUGAUCCGCAAACGUGUGCCGAUGCGUGUAAUGCGCAGACGACGUACGAUAGCGAGAACCUAGCCGCGGAUGGUAGUUACAUGGCAUGCAUUUUUUUCAAUGCUUAUGUCCUAUCUGAGGAUGGCAUUCCCCAAGGGCUGUAUUGCUCGAUGUACAAUGAGACGUGGGAUGCGUCGUAUGGGACGAACUACGGACAGUACCAGGGAGACGAUCGGUAUACUGUUUCAAGAUCUUAUAGCUACGCGCUUAUGUAA